AUGCCUGACAAGCCACUCAGCAAGGCCGCGGUGGGUACAUUGGUCACUGUAGCGGUCAUUGUGCUGCUUGUCGCCGCGGCGGCGGUGGUAUGGGCGAGGCGCCAAUCUGGGAGCUUUCGCGAGAUGUUCAGCGUCGGAAUUGCGGGUCGGGGAGGUGAAGGUCUCAUUCAGCGAGACCCUGUUGCAGUGUUGCAUAUUGAGAAGAGCGGUGACUCUGACCUUUUUCCUCCUCCGCCACCCAGCAAAGACCCGUCGUCGGACGAUACAGCCUCCACUGCGCCGCCCACCCCAGCCAAAUCCCUGCCUCUAUCCUCCUAUCGCGAUUCAUCUCCUCGGCCUACACCAGCCCCACUUCCUACUCCUCGACGUCCAACGCUGACGCUCGAUAUCCCGCAGUCACCGCUCUCCCGCCAACCCUCAUUCAAAGCGGGAGAAAGGCGCAACUUCUCCCGCCCCCUCUCGGCUGUCAUCACCCCUCCGCCCUCUUCCUUCUCCUUCUCCCUCUUCCGCCGCAGUCGACUCAUGACGAGCCUCAGUCCCACCCCGGCUUCACUCGACCGAGAUCGCCGAGUCUCGGUGUGGCGGCGGCUCUCGGGUGUGUGGCGGUGGAGCGGACCUGUCACUGCUUCGGUGGAUGGGCGAGCGGGAGGGAAUGCCGCCGGACCCGAGCAGGCCGGAAGGAAGGGCAUGGAUGAGGAUAGGUGUCGGACGAUGACGAUGGCUAUGAGCGUGAUUGCUCUGCCUACGGUGGAGGAGAAGGGCUCGGGGCGGAUAGGCCGGAUCCCAAGUAUGGUGGAUCUCAGGGAUAUCGGGAAGGGGAUGGAGGCUGCGUGGAAGGGGCUUGAGGCAGCCAGACACGACAUCGACGGAACAGCGGUGUACAGGGCGGUAUCGCGGCAGAGCGCCGAGUCGGGAAUUAUGCCUAAGUCCAAGCAGGGCAGUACCACCAUGCUCAUUCCGGCGCUCCCCCCUCGUCCACAGAUCCCAGACACCUUGCUGCGCCCAAACGUCCGACAGGCAAGCAUCAAAGUCAAGCACUCCCCACGCAAGCGCUCGACUUCCCAAGCCGCAUUCAAGCUGGCCGUACCCGUGUCGCGCUCUCCCGCUGGGCAUAAACGCUCAUCCUCCACUCCGCACGUCCCCUGCCUUCCUACCGCAUAUCCUCAGCCCGGUACAACGGAUAUUACCACACCCCCGCCCGGCUCUCGCCGACAACACCGCCGACCGCCCUCGCUGCGCUUCGCAAGGGAAAUAGGGAUGCCGCACCUUUGGCUAGAGGAGGAAGGGGGGAUCGCAGCUGUCGAUCCGGGCUCACAGUCCGCUCGACCCCCCCACAGCCAGCCGUCAGCGGACAGUGAACACGAGAGCGCUUAUGACGGGAUGGAGGAGGUGCAAGUGACGCCGUAUAAUCCCUGGCCGGCGGGACCGUCGGAGUUUCAUCCGGACUUGAACGAGAAGGGCCGAGGAGGGAGUGAGGAGGCAGUGGGAGAGAUACCGCGAUUACCCCCUAUAGACACGGCGCCGUCGAGCUCGUUUCACUUUGAUUGGGAGAUGGCCGUUGUAGCAAGCGUAGGGCGUGAGACUGUUAGUGUUAAUGUCUGGUAG